AUGUCGACCUCUAACACUACCGCACUUUUGCGGAAUCUGAAUAAGAAACUUCGAGAGGUGAGGGCUCUGCGUAACAAGAUAGAAAACGGGGAGAUUAGAGAAGAGCUAUUAACUGGCCCCCAGAGGGCGAAGCUUGCUCGGGAAGAGGAUUUGCUGGAUGAAAUACAGAGAAUUCAGAACACGCAGAAGUCAGAGGACGCUAUUCCAGGAUCUGAUAAUUGUGCACUGGAUGGACCACAGAGCACGGGCCAAGAACAGGCGUGCGAGUCAGCGCCGAGUGAGGCCGAAAACAUAAAGACCACAGCGAUGGAAGAUGAGGCAGCGCCUGGUCAAAAACGUCGAGCAAAAAUUCGUAGUGUGAAGAAGAAGCUUCACGAUAUCUACAAACUGGUGGAGGCCUCGGAGAGCGGCAAGACACUCACAGAACAACAGCGACUGAAAAUAGCCAGGCGACCCGAGUUGGAGUCUCAGCUGGAAGGUCUCCACCAGGAAGCAAAGGUGGAGGCAACUAGCGCUGCACCUGAGGCCGGGGAUGUGCCGUCGAAAGCUACUGACCAGCCCGCUCGAACGCCCGGGACGACAGCUAGUGGGGUGAAUGAUGAUGAGGAGCCUGAUGAUGAUGAUGACGGUGGGGAGUGGAUACCUUCUGACCCCAAGCUUAGGAAAGCAAUGAAACGGAAAACAUCGUUUGAAAUCGGCCGCUCGACGCUGUCCGAGAAGAUUUGCCGCGUGAUCCGCCAGCCUCCAGAUGGUUCCUGCCUUUUCCAUGGGCUGGGGUAUUGGCUGAAUAAGCCUCAGCAUGUUAUACGACGCCAGCUGUCAGGCUUCCUCAGGCACAAUGCUUCAACUGUGAAACUCAAUGGCCUUACCCUCGAAGACUGGAUCAAAGCCGAGUCUAAUUCACGGACGCUCGACCACUAUUGCAACAACCUCCUUCGGGACAACACGUGGGGUGGGGAGAUUGAGCUGGUGGCUACGUCCAUGAUCUACAACUGCGAUGUCUACGUAUGGCAACAUGAAGAUGCUCCCAAGAGCCAGACUGGGAAAUAUGUAUUGUGCUACAAGUUUCACGCUCCACCGAUUGAAAAGGACGUUCCUCGGAGACGAAACAAUGAUGGGAGGGAUAUGGAGGAGCCCAUUACUUGUCAUAUGCUCUUCGACGGUCGAAAACAUUAUAAUGUUCUUGUCCUCGACGAGAAGUACUGCCCAAAAUAG